CCUCCCCUGCAGCCUGCUCCAUCCUCAGCUACAGCUCCAUGAGGCCAGAGCCGCAGCGCACACAUCACUGCGCACUGGCCACUGCGCACUGGGCUGCACUGGGUUCCCAUGUCUGUACCUUUUGGCACUUGUCACCAGAGUGGAAUAAAAUGCAGCGGGGGUCAAUGGAUUGGUGACGCACCUGUAGGACCUAAAUAGCGGAGUCACAACUAACUUUUUCUUGGGUGUUUGUGUGGACUGUUGGAUGAUGGCUCGGGCAGGCUCCGUCUCCUCUCUCCUUGGCAUUGUUCUGGGAAUAAGUUGUGUUGCAGGCCUUGACCUUCGGUUUAUGCCUGAUCCUCCAACACUGAACCUCUAUGGCGUCCACAGGAUGAACAAAUCUGAGAGCCUGGAACUCACCUGCAGAGGUCGCCAAUACCUGAGGUGGAACACCCCUCCCACAAGCACCCGGUUCUCCACCAGUGACUGCAGUGGAUCAGGAUUGUUCUGCACAACGCUUCGGAUCUUCAACUCUACUGUGAAUGAAACCGGACAGUAUCAGUGCUUCUACAGAGACCUGAAAAUUGAAGAUGGCAAAACAGCUGCAGCCGCCUAUGUGUUCGUCCACGAUUACAAGGUGCCAUUCGUGCCAUCGGAGAAAGAAUUUGAGGUGGUGUUUAUCCGAGAAGGAGAGUGGGUGGUCAUCCCCUGCAGAGGCUCAGUCGAGAAUCUCAACGUUACACUCCACACUAAGUAUCCAGAGAAGGAGCUUCAUCCCGAUGGGAAGGACUCAGUGUGGGACGCUAAGACGGGCUUCACUGUUCCCAGCCAUCUGAUCAGCUACGCCGGCGUCGUAUUCUGCCAAACACGAAUAGGCAACGAGACGGUCAAGUCUCCUCUCUACAUUGUUGCAGUUGUGGGAUACAAAAUCUAUGACCUCACCCUGACCCCCACGCAAGUGAGGCUGUCUGUGGGGGAGCGGCUGGUGCUGAGCUGCACCGCCACCACUGAGCUCAACGUGGGCAUCGAAUUUAACUGGACACACUCUGGUCAGGCCCUGACCUCAGUGAAUGGCUCAAGGGCGAUGCACACAACACGCCACAAGAUGAAGCUGUGGAACUCUCAGGAGCUGUCGGAAACACUCACAGUGGAGAAUGUGACGGUUGAUCACACUGGGGACUACACCUGCACUGCCUCCAGUGGGCAGAUGGAGAGAAGUGCCACAGUUUUCCUAAAAGUUUAUGAAAAACCAUUCAUUGACAUGAAGGAGCCCUGGACAAAGGUUUGGGAGGUCAAUGUGGGUGAUCAGACAUCGAUCCAGAUCCCCGUCAAAUACUUAGCCUACCCGGAGCCCAGUUUCAAAUGGUUAAAAAAUGGACUGCCACUGAAGCAUGACUACAAAAUCAAACAGAGAAGUGAUGCUCUUAUCAUUCGUGGAGUCUCAGAAAUGGAUGCAGGGAAUUACACGAUGGUCCUGACCAAUAAGAUCACUAAAGAGGAACAGAGACGCUCCUUCCAGCUGCUGGUCAAUGUACCACCUCAUAUCAUUGAGAAGGAGGUGGCCGUAGACACAGAUAUAUACCCUUAUGGCAGCAGCCCCACCCUGAGGUGCACUACUUCGGGAAUCCCCACCCCUGCACAGAUCCAUUGGCAGUGGAUGUCCAAAGACGACUGUCCAGAGGCUUUCAUGUCAGGGCUGGAUAAGUCUGAGGUCCAGUUGGAGGAUUGUACAAGUUGGAAAGAUAUCAAUAAUAGCACUGGUCACAACCCUGUUGAACGGAUUUUCAGUCACACAGAUCACACCCAAAAGAAAAUCGUCAGCUCUUUGAAGAUUCAGAAAGCCGAGACCCAUGCCCUCUACAGAUGCACUGCUGCCAACAAAGCUGGAGAAGAUUCACGCAUCAUUUUCUUCCAUGUGACACGUGGCCUUGAGCUGACUCUGUCUCCGUCCGAUGAGCCUUUGGAGGAGGAUGAUGUGACGCUGCGGUGUAAGGCAGACAGGCUGAUUUAUGGUAACCUGGCCUGGUACCGUGUGAACAACGUGUCAGAGUCAGAGCAGGUGGCGGCGGUGCAGCCCUGUCGCUCCCUGGCCCUGCAGCCGACACCCCUGUCGCAGGCGGUGCUGUGCGACACCAAGGAUGCCAACAUGACACUGGUGCUGCCGCUGCCCAGCGUGUCCACCCAGGAUGAAGGUCUCUACGCCUGUCAGGUGGAAAACAUCAAGACUAAGGAGAGAACCUGCCUGCUACGCCGUCUGUCCCUCAAAGGUCUCGAAGCGGCCAGGAUCCUUACCAAUCUGACCGACCAAAAAGUGAACGUGAGUGCGACAGUUAAGCUCAUCUGUGAUGCUGCUGGGACCCCAAACCCCACAGUGGUUUGGACCAAAAAUAACCAAACUGUAGAGGAAGGUUCAGGUGUUAUUCUGAGUCAGAACAACUAUGUUUUGACAAUCCAACGUGUGAAGAAGGAAGACAGUGGUCUGUACACCUGCACUGCAUGUAACCGCCGCGGUUGUGAUGCCUCACAGGCGCUUUUGACAACUGAAGGUGUUGAAGAAAAGACUAAUGUGGAGCUGAUUGUUCCUAUCGGGUCAGUGGUCAUCGCCAUGUUUUUCUGGUUACUGAUCGUCUUUGUCAUCCGUGGGAGAAAGAGGCCAAACGGUGGUGAUCUGAAGACAGGCUACCUGUCCAUGAUCCUGGACUCAGAGGACAUGCCCAUGGAUGAGCAGUGUGAAAGGCUCACAUAUGAUGCCAACAAAUGGGAGUUCCCUCGGGACAGGCUGAAGUUAGGUGAGCCUUUAGGACGAGGAGCGUUUGGUCAGGUGGUAGAAGCAGCCGCCUUUGGCAUCGAGAAAGCCACCACAUGCACUACUGUUGCAGUGAAAAUGCUCAAGGAGGGAGCCACGGCAAGUGAGUAUCGCGCCUUGAUGUCAGAGCUGAAAAUUCUCAUUCAUAUUGGACAUCAUCUCAACGUGGUCAACCUGCUGGGGGCCUGUACGAAGCCGGGGGGACCAUUGAUGGUGAUUGUAGAGUACUGUAAACAUGGAAACCUCUCCAGCUAUCUGAAGAGUAAGCGUGGAGAGUACAGUCCCUACAAGAGGAAGCGGGUGGACAGCCAGAGGUGGGCGUCUGCAGAGGAGGAUGUCAGUGAAGGAGAUCUGGGUUUGGGGAAGGUUGCCCAGUUGGAUAUUUGCACAGGGACGGCCAUCUGCUCCAAUGCAGGGGACAGAGCUUCAGGCAACAAUGUGGACAGUCAGGAAGAGAGUUCAGACGAAGACCACCUGACCAUGGAGGACCUGAUAUGCUACAGCUUCCAGGUGGCCAAAGGCAUGGAGUUUCUGUCAUCCCGCAAGUGUAUCCAUAGAGAUCUAGCAGCCAGAAACAUCCUACUUUCAGAGAACAACGUGGUGAAGAUCUGUGACUUUGGUCUUGCUAGAGAUGUCUACAAAGACCCUGACUAUGUCCGCAAGGGAGAUGCACGUCUUCCUCUGAAGUGGAUGGCGCCUGAAACUAUCUUUGACCGUGUUUAUACCACACAAAGUGAUGUUUGGUCGUUUGGGGUCCUUCUCUGGGAGAUCUUUUCUCUGGGAGCCUCCCCUUAUCCAGGUGUUUGUAUUGAUGAGUCAUUCUGCAGGAGGCUAAAGGAAGGUACCAGGAUGAGACCUCCAGAAUAUGCUACCACUGAGAUAUACCAGACCAUGUUGGACUGCUGGCUGGAUCGUCCAACAGACAGGCCCACGUUUGCAGAACUUGUUGAACAUCUGGGUAACCUGCUACAGGCCAGUGCCCAGCAGGAUGGGAAGGACUACAUCCCUCUGACAGCAGGUGAGGCAGAAGGAACGCCGGUGACCCCUGACCCCAGGAACCCCUACAGCCAACCCCAGAGUGGGCAAAUCCUGGAAACCCAGCUUCAUUAUGACAAUGCUCCAUCUCUUGGACUGUCCCAGCAGAGUGAGAGAUGCAGUCGACCCCUCAGUGUGAAGACAUUUGAGGACAUCCCUGUGGAACGCAGCAGUGUCAUGGAGGGUCACACAGACAGUGGGAUGAGCUUCUCACCGGAGGAAGUAAAGGCUUUGGACCAACAGCUGCCAAUCACACCCAACUUCAGCCAGCUGCUGCGCUGUAAGAGUAAAGAGUCUUUGGCCUCAGAGUCGUCCAAUCAGACCAGUGGAUACCAGUCCGGAUACCACUCUGAUGACACAGACACGCCCAUCUAUGCUAAUGAGGAGGUGAUCAUGAAGCACAAGAUGCUGAAGAAGCCUCCGCUGCCCAAGACGGUUGACAAGUUCAAUGCAGAGAUCCGCUACAGUACACCUCCUGUCUGACACUCCAAACUCCCCAACCUUUAACCCCGAGUCUUUCAUUGUACAGUAUUUGUUUACCUUUUACAGGUAUUAGCCCACACUUUAGGAACUACGUCAUCACAUGCAAUAGAGCUCUUUUCACUGUGGAGAUAUUUUCACAAGAGAUAACUUAAUAAGUCAGAUGGGGAAAAAUGAAGGUUGAAUGAUAAGUUUGUAAGUGCAGCUCUCUUUGGACAGCCUGAGGAAUGCUAUCAUGUUUACACAGCAAGUGGAAGGUCUGUGGAGCUGAGACAUGAGGAUACGCCUACUUCCUGAAGCACAAUCCACCCACUUCCUCUAUCACAGGAAAUGACAUCUGGAAUUUUUGGGAGAAAUGAAUCU